AUGGGUUCCAAAGGCAGCAUUAUCCAACCAGAGGGCAAGCCUCGCUCCUGGUACAGAGACAACUUCUUCCUGACCACCGACAAGACAUUCCUCGAUCCCAAGGCCGUCAACGACGUAUUCGAAUCGGAUCUCAUGUGGUGGAACGACCCCCUCGAGCUUGAACAGAUGCGAAAGAUGCUCGACAACUGCCUUACACUAGCAGUCUUUUAUGUUCCAGAUAGCGAAGAGGAUAUGAAAGACAAUGGCGGCAUGCCUCGAAACAUGUCCGGCCCUGAUUUCAGAAUGAUUGGCCUGGCCCGUAUUGUCACAGACUACGUCACCUUUGCGUACCUUACCGACGUCUUCAUCAUUGAGGAAUUCCAGCGCCGUGGCCUUGCCUCGUGGAUGAUGCGUGCUCUGAAGGAGCUGGUAGACGAGUGGCCCAACCUGCGUGGCCUCAUGCUCAUGACCCAUGACAAGGCCGCCGCUCGCAUGUACCAACGCACUCUCGGCGCCGUCGAUUUUGACAAAGGUCCCUCAGCAGGACUAGUAAUGUUGGAGAUGGGCGGAAAAGGCCAAAAAGACGUCCCGGACGAGCAUUAA